GUGGUGGUGGAGUCCUUGUUGUAAACACUCCGUCCGUUAGGGGCGCUGUUCGAACAUUUCGGAUAACAGUCUUGAUUCGCUUUUUUCCGGAAGCUACUUUUUCUGAGCACGCGGUGUGUCCGGCCUUUCCAACAGGGCAGCGACGACGAACAUGGCCAAGAUCAAGGCAAGAGAUUUGCGGGGCAAGAAGAAGGAGGAGCUGCUCAAACAGCUGGAUGACCUGAAGAACGAGCUGUCCCAGCUCCGGGUGGCCAAAGUGACCGGCGGAGCCGCUUCCAAGCUCUCCAAGAUCCGUGUUGUUCGCAAAUCCAUCGCCCGAGUCCUGACUGUCAUCAACCAGACACAGAAGGAGAACCUGAGGAAGUUCUACAAGGGCAAGAAGUACAAGCCCCUGGAUCUGAGACCCAGGAAGACCAGGGCAAUGCGCCGCCAGCUCAACAAGCACGAAGAGAGUCUGCGCACAAAGAAACAGCAGAGGAAAGACCUCCUCUACUCCAUGCGCAAAUUUGCUGUCAAAGCUUAAUGGCUGUUUGUUAUUGAUAAAAUAAAAUCUGUUUAAAAAACC